AUGGAGAUCCAGGGGGUGGAUCCCUGGGGAAACACAGACACCUGGACAGACCUGGAGACUUGCAGGGAGGCCACCCCAGCCAUGUCGUCUCGGGAUCACCGUGCUGAGUUCUUCAUCAAGACGGAGCCGGCCUCCCCGGACAGCCUGGCCCAGCGCAGCCCCAGCGGCUCCUCCGAUGCCAGUGGUCCUCCCCAUGACCCCGAGCCAGGGGCACUGACCCGCCGGCGCCAUGACAACAACCCUGAUGAAGUCUUGCCCCGGGGCAAGUAUGUGCUGAGCUCCCUGCCCAAGCGCCUGUGCCUGGUGUGCGGGGACGUGGCCUCGGGGUAUCACUACGGCGUGGCCUCCUGUGAGGCCUGCAAAGCCUUCUUCAAGCGCACUAUACAAGGCAGUAUCGAGUACAGCUGCCCAGCCAGUAACGAAUGCGAGAUCACCAAGCGGCGCCGCAAAGCCUGCCAGGCCUGUCGGUUCACCAAGUGCCUGCGCGUCGGCAUGCUCAAGGAAGGGGUGCGGCUGGACCGUGUGCGAGGGGGACGCCAGAAAUACAAGCGCCGCCCUGAGGUGGAUGGGGCCCCAUUCCCGAACACAUUCGCCACCCCCCAGAUUGCCACAGCGACCAGCAAGAAACCAGCCCCCAUUAACCCCAUGGUGUCCCACCUGCUGGUGGCGGAGCCUGAGAAGCUGUAUGCAAUGCCUGACCCAGCGCUGCCCGAUGGGCCCCUCCGUGCCACCAGCGCCCUGUGUGACCUGGCUGACCGCGAGAUCGUCGUCAUCAUUGGCUGGGCCAAGAACAUCCCAGGGUUCCCGGCGCUGUCGCUGGCCGAUCAGAUGAGUGUGCUGCAGAGCGCCUGGCUGGAGGUGCUGGUGCUGGGUGUGGCCUGGCGUUCGCUCCCCUGCGAGGACGAGGUGGUCUUUGCGGAGGACUUUGCGCUGGACGAGGAAGGGGCGCGCGCGGCAGGGCUCUGGGAGCUGAGCGCUGCCCUCCUGCAGCUGGUGCGCAAGUACCGUGCCCUGCGGCUGGAGCGCGAGGAAUACGUGCUGCUCAAGGCCCUGGCACUCGCCAACUCAGACUCGGUGCACAUUGAGGACAUGGCAGCGGUGCAGCGGCUGCGGGACGUGCUGCAUGAGGCCCUGCUGGAGUACGAGGGCAGCCGACGGCCGGAGGAGCCGCGCCGGGCGGGGAAGCUGCUGCUAACGCUGCCCCUGCUGCGCCAGACGGCUGCCCGCGCCCUGCACCACUUCUACGGCAUCAAGCUGGGAGGGAAGGUGCCCAUGCACAAGCUCUUUCUCGAGAUGCUGGAAGCCAUGAUGGACUGA